GCCACACCUAAAAACUUCAUAGUCGUCCCCUUCGACAACGUGGCCGUCGGAUCCGCUUUCUUACGUCUGAAGCAAUCGAUGCAAGAGUUUUACGAGACGGACGACAAUCGCAUAGAGCUGUCGCCGGCGCUCGUCCACAACGGUCUAUACGUGGCCGGCAAAGCACGGGACACGUGGUAUCGGAUGCAAGUGCGGAACGUCUGUCGCGAUCCCUUUCAAGUGAUUGGCUAUCUAUGCGAUUACGGCGAACAACUGAUCCUCGAUAUCAAAGACAUUCAGCCCCUGUAUAGCCAGUUCCGCGAUCUGCCCGCUCAGGCCAUACGCGCCUCAUUGGCCGAUGUAGAGCCUGUGGGCAGCGAUUGGGAUGUCAUGACUUCGGUUGAGUUCCGUCGUAUGGUCGAGAAGAGGCCAUUCGUCGGCACAGUGUUUGCCAUUAGCCAAGUGGACGGCCAACCAGUGCUCUCCCUAUCCCUGUGCGACACGAGUAAUGCCGAUCAAGAUGUGUACGUCGGGGCCACCCUUAUUGCCAAAGGUCUGGCCAAACCCGUAGUCACCGCUCUUUAG